AUGGCAGCUGAGUUAGUUAACACUGCAACAAGCGACAAGUUAUCUGAAACAGAUUGGACAAAAAAUAUUGAAAUAUGUGAGUUGGUUGCACGUGAUAAAAGGCAAGCUAGAGAUGUCGUUAAAGCUAUCAAGAAGAAACUCGGCAGCAAACACCCAAACACUCAACUUUAUGCUGUCACGUUGCUGGAAAUGUUGAUGAACAAUACUGGAGAGCAUAUUCACGAGCAGGUGAUUGAUAUCGGAAUUAUUCCUAUUCUUGUGAAAAUCGUGAAGAAAAAGUCUGAUUUGCCUGUGAGAGAGAGGAUAUUUCUCCUACUAGAUGCCACGCAAUCAUCCCUUGGUGGUGCUUCUGGAAAAUUUCCUCAGUAUUAUCAUGCAUAUUAUGAUUUGGUGAAUGCCGGAGUGCAGUUUCCGCAAAGUGCUCAAGGGGUCGAAUCAAAUCAUGCUAGUUCACAACCUAGUAGGACUGGUAGUGUACCAAUCAGGGAGCAGGCUUCACCUAAACAUGAAGCGGUUGUACCACAAGCAGAGUCCAAGACAGUUCCUGAAUCUAGCAUUAUUCAAAAGGCUGGUAAUGCAUUGGAAGUUUUGAAAGAAGUCCUUGAUGCUGUCGAUGCUCAACAUCCUCAGGGAGCAAGUGAUGAAUUCACACUUGAUCUUGUAGAACAAUGUUCAUUUCAGAAGCAAAGGGUAAUGCAUCUUGUGAUGGCUUCUCGAGAUGAAAAGACAGUUUCUCGAGCAAUUGAACUAAACGAACAGCUUCAGAAAGUUCUUGCAAGACAUGAGGACCUUGUUUCUGGCAGAACUACAACAACUGCUAAUGAACAGAUUCCAAAAGAUCUUCCAAGACACGAUAGCGCUGUAUCUGGACGAGCUACAACAACUUCUAAUGAACAGUUUCCAAAAGUUCUUCCAAGACGCGGUGACUUUGUUUCUAGCAGAGUUACGACAAAUGCUAAUGAACAACUUCCAAAAGUUCUUCCAAAACGCGAUGAUGUUGUAACCGGCAGAGCUACAACAACUGUAGCUACUCAUUUCGACCUCGAAGAAUCAGAGGAGGAAGAAGAAGCUGAACAGUUAGUAAGAAGAUUACGCAAAGGAAAGGCUUGUGCAAGACCUGAUGACGAAGAAACUGAAGCCGACAUCUCUCGUAUGCGUAUGAAUGGGGAGAGACUCAACCAUCCUUUAAUACGGCCACUGUCCUCAGAACCAUCUCGAGAAACUUACAAUCCUGCUCCUCCACCAGCUUUAAUCCCCCCUCCACGUCCAAAACAGAAUGAUGAGCUUCCGCUUCCUCACGUGGCGAUUCCGCCACCGCCUGCAAAACACAUUGAGAGGGAGAAAUUUUUUCAGGAAAACAAGGAUGCUUCUAAUCUAUCUGGCCACAUGAGAGGCCUCUCUUUCCAUAGUCGCAAUGGCAGCAGCUCUCGCAGUGGAAGCUUUGAUUUUAGAGACUAA